UGUUCCAUUUUGAUAUCGAUCGUUUUAUUGCCGACCGUUGACGUAACAGUGUUUACUCGGCUUACUGUUGUGGUCCUGUAGAGCUUUUACAGUCGACUGUUUUCGGGUGUGCGCGCCGCCGUACGCACUUACCAUAUUAUAAUUAAAAUAUAUUGUCCGGGCGGACGAUAGUACGACACACACCGACGUCGUCGAUACAUAAUUAUAAAGACCGACAAAUCGUUGCCCAACGCCCGAGCUUUGGAACUUUGUUGACAUGGAUAACAAAACGCUGUUAAAAUUCUUGCGUCAUUAUUUCGAUCACUCCGACUUUAAGAACGAAACGCAGAAGAAGGCUAUCCUGACAAUAUUGAGAAGGAACGCUGAUGUUUUCGUGUCGUUUCCGAGUGGUUAUGGUAGGACAAUGUGCUACCAACUACCAUCUCUAAUUUAUUGGAAUAAAAUGACUAUAGUGAUAAUUCCUCACGAUACCAGGAUUAUGGAUCAAGUUAACAAGUUAAGGCGUUUAAAGAUUCAUGCUGAAGUUAUUUCUACGUUAACUACUCCUAAUGAAAAAACACGUAUAUAUGGAGAAUUACAAUCUGAAAAAGCCACACAUUGUAACUUUCUUUAUGUAACACCUGAUCAAGUACCUACGUUGGACUUCAAACUAUUUUUGUCUUAUUUGAUACAAUUUAAGAAACUAUCAUAUAUUGUAGUCGACGAAACAUAUUGUGAAAGCCAAUGGAUUUAUGGUCAAAAAAAUAAUGAGUAUUAUGCACUUGGCAAACUUAGAAAAGAAUGCAAGGACAUUCCAUGGAUUGUGGUUACAGCUAUAGCUGGUGUUGACGUUAUUGAUUUCUUGAGGAGGGUUUUAUAUAUAAAAGAUGAUCCUACAAAUAACUUCAGGUUUUCAAUACCAUCCUACAGACGGAAUAUUUUUUAUGAUGUAGCUAUGGACGAUAUCAUUGGAAUUUCAGUUCCUCAUUUAACAAAAUUUCUUGACAGAUAUUUAAAUGGAAAAGAUGUAUACCGUGCUUCAAACUCAGGUAAACCUUCUGGAUUAAUAUUUUGUAAGACGCGACAGGUUACUGAACAAUUAGUUAAAGAACUGAAAUCUUAUGGUAUUUUGAUUGCUGCUUAUCAUGCUGGACUAGAGGAAACUGAUCGUAAUGCUGUUAAAGACUCUUUUAUGAAUGGAUAUUAUCAAGUUCUUGCCGUAACUAGUACUUCUGGAAUGGAAAUUAAUAAACCAAAUAUAAGAUUGGUCGUACAUUGGGGAAUGCCGUCUAGUAUUUCGGCAUAUUAUCAUGAAUCAGGUCAAGCUGGAAAAGAUGGCCAUCCAGCACGGUGUCGAAUUUACUUAACAAAGCGAUCAACAUUAUACUAUAAUCCAGAAAAUGAAGCUAUGUUGGCUGCCGCAAUGAAUCCAGCCGAUACUAUUGAAUUAAUACAAAAAACAGCAAAAAGUUUCCUUGUGUUUCUUCAUUCUCGUUAUAUGAAAGAUUAUUGUGAAGGCUUAAAGUGUAGACACAGAUUAAUAGCUGAUUAUUUUGGAGAUGAAAAAAUGGAAUGCAUUGAUUCAUGUGAUAUUUGUUCUAUAGUAUCUCAUGACUAUUAUGGAGGACGUGGUGCUAUUAGAACAGAAAUACUACAAAUGGGUAUGACUUCUUAUAUGAAACAUAUUUGUUCAAAAUAUCAUGACUUGGAAAAGAAUAACAUGCUUACAACUAAAGAUGCAUUAAAUAUAAUGAAGGUCUGCGAUGAAUUGGCAAGAGUUAAUUAUGCCGAAAACCCUGAAGCCAAAUUUAGAAAUUACUAUGAAUUUGCAGAAAUGGAGAAACUAGGCCUUUUGGAACUUGGACCUUCAUCUUCAUGUGUUGAGAAUGAUGACAAAAAAGAUAAGGACCAAUCGCCUUCAUCAUAA